AUCGUUAUGUUAGACCUGCUCAGCCUUUCUGCUGCGGCUAUUCUGUUCACCGUUGUUUUGAUUCUAUUUUUUUUCUGCAUGCUCUGCUGUAUUCGUCGCACGGAUAUGGAUUGCAAAAAUGUCUAGGUCUGGAAGAUUGUAAGUUUGUCAUGCUUGUCUGGCUUGACUCGAGAAUCUGUGUUGCAUAGGCACGAAAAGGCCCUCUUACCUGUCAUGAAAAAACGCAGUUUGUCAUGCGGAAUACGUAAGACAUGGCUGCCAAAAAAAUUGUCAUGCGUAGCUGCGUAUUGCAGGAGUGCGUCUAUCAUUCACUUUUAGCAGUACAAGUUUCCAGAUCCAGACAUUUUUGCAUUUGAUAACGGACAAAGUUUUAUCCUCACCUGCCUUGUCUAUCGCCGAGCCGGUCGUGUUUAUUGGUAGAACCAACUCGCCAACGUCCAUACGGUCGAGGCCGAGAAACGACUUGUAAUUUUCAAGUAAAGUAGAAUCAAUUAUAAUACAAGUAAACUACUACAAUACCGUAUUUUAUUAUCGUACCUCUAAACCACUCUACGUCUACGCUACUAACAUCACAGAGUUCCAUUGACUACACCAUACAGGAUCAAAGGAUGUCGUCCUCUAGUGUAGAAACGAGACCUCUGCUGUUGAGAAGCCGCACUCUCCUCUUCGCAGCUGCGAUCGCCGCGACGUUGUUUCAAGCCAUCGUACAACCCGCCCAUGCGUCUAGUUCUACAACGGUAACAACUGUUAACCAGCCGCUGACCCUACAAGCAGAGGUUAAGUUGCAGUUUUACCUCCAGGAUCAACAAUUUGGCGUGCACGACAGCCAGUUGGACUCCUGGGUGCCAUCCGAUGACUACUACUUCGGGAUCACGCUCCGGAACUACUUUCUCUCCGCGAUGGAGGCAGGGUUAAAAACCGUGCUCGGCAACGCCCAGGACGCGGGCGUGCAGCCCUACGGAGGCUCGACGGCCUAUGGAAGCGUCAGGAUUGAAAUCGUCAAAGUUGAAAUAACUUGUAAUGCAGAAAAUGGAUCAAAGCAGUGACUCAGUUUCCAAGUGGCGCAUGACAAAUUUGGGUAGAGCCGAAACCCAGUUUGUCAUGAUGUUUGGGUAAGAAAGACGCCUUUUGUCGUGCUGCUUUAGCUGCUCAGUUUCUACCCCUCAACAGGCUUACAAUCUGCCUCACUUGCCUACUCUGCAAGACAGGCACUCUGAGGGCUGCAUUUUAUGCAUGACAAACUAUUUCAACUUUGACGAUUUCAAACCUGACGCUUCCAUACGGCCGUUCCGGUGGUGGAAAUCACGGACAUACAUCGGGUGUUGAACGUUCCUAGUACUUCGAGGCUGUUGUUGACGAGUGGGCGGGGAACGGAGAAACGCCAGAACAACUACGCAUCUGCUGCUGCUGUUGCGACAACGUCGAAAAGAGGUCGUGCUGGUCGCAAAAAUAAGCGGCUUCUGGAUCACCGCAGCUCUCGGAACCGCGAUCGGAAGCCUUGGUGGUGGUGGAUGGAGAAUGGAGACGAAGAUGAAGAUGGCAGCUCAACAUGGGACGAAGAUGAGCGGGACCGGGACGAAGAAGAAAACGAAGACGAUACCAACCAGCGUUCAGAUGAGCAGCAAGGUACUAUUCCUGAGUCAAGAAACAACGACGACAAUUCUAAUUCUUGGAACAACAACGGAAAUGCCGAAGGCUCUAGUGUGGACGACCAAGAAUUCGAUCCGAAUUGGUGGCACGACAACGAAAACCGGAAUGUUGCUCCGACGACACAAGCUCCUCUAUGGGGUUCUCAAGCGUUACAUUCUCAACUGUUAAGUACAUGAUUUGUUAUGCGAAAACACUACCACCCUUCACGCGAUCGAGCCUUCCUCGCAUGACAAGUUCUCGACGCGCUCGAUAGCAUUAUCAUGAUCAUCCGCCCGAAACCUGUAAUGCAAAAUGCGUAAACCUUCCCCGUUUCACUUUUGCCAUCCUUGCAUUGCAAACUCAUGCAACAGCUGAGAACGUAACGUUUGGGAACGCCAUAUCCUCCCCGCCCGGCACCGCAGCCGGCUGCGGCCCCUCCGAUGUUGA